CAGAAAAGGCGUACCCGGAAGUCUUGACCGGCAGCGCCCAAAGACACCUAAGAUCUUGCCCUGUGGGCGCAUCUUUAUUGAUUCCAGGCCCAUUUCUGACCAGAACAAAGCAGAUGGCGAACAGAGUCCGAGGCAAUGGGAUGGCCAUCUACUCAAGAGCCGGGGAACUCAGAAGAGCAAGGAGGCCCAGCCCAGACGGAUGUAUGCGCUACACAGCUUUCUGAAGAGAUCCUCAGGUCCUGUACUGAUGAGGUACUGAGUUCUGGUUCCCUCAGCUCCUCCGCGGAAGAGCAAUCCUGUUCCCACAGCUCUGAGAGCUCACUGGAGAAUGGGAAGCCGACUACAAGUUCAGAAGAACAAGACGAGCUGCCAGAACGUUCGUUCUUACUGAAGGAUGAACAUAGGCUGAGUGAAAAGUGGAUCAACCACAUCAAGGGCAAAGGAAUUAAUUCCAAAGGAUAUCAACCCAACAGUAGACUUCCAACAGAAACUCCUGAGGGAUCCGCCGAAGAACUGAAUGCCCUCCAGUCCUUUUGCUCUGUUAAAGUAAACCUGAUCCACCAGAGAGAGGAUUCAAGAGCAAAGAAAAGCAGCAGACACAAAAGGCUGCCGCUCAGACGGAUUGCAGAGACUUCAGAGGUAGACGCUUUCAACUGCACUAUUCCUGCUGAACUGCUGAGCAGAAUCUAUUUGAAGAACACGAGGGCGACUCUAGCGCACAUAGGCGCCAUUAAGCAGCAUGUUUCUGCGCAGUGUCCCAGUUGCAACAGCAAAAGGGCAGAGCUGACUCAGUCUGACUUCCUGAAGCGCAGGAAGACUCUCCUGGAGUCGCUUCUGCUCCAAGAGAAAAUAGACGAACACCUUCAUACCACAGACUUUCUCUCCCGUGUUGGAGACGCACAUCGGGGCUUCCCCAGGCUUUCAGAUGAUCCCAGGGUCAUUUGGAAAAAAAUGACUGAGAAAAUUCAGACUGGGAACCCCAGUUUUGGAAAGGCAGAUGCAAAGCAGGUGUAAGAUGGUGUACAAGUAGUCUACUGCUCUUCAACCUACGUAUCCAACCAGAUAGGAGGCACUGACGGCUAAUGGUGAUAUAGAAUGUGCCCAGACAGGGGAUGGUGACUAUUAAUGAUUAAUGAUAACAAUGUGAUGUGCGUACACGUUCCUGUCGUGUAUUUAAGUAAUUACCGUCUUUUGACAGAAUUUAGAAACUAAUGUAAGAUUUUCUUUUGCUUCCUUCAUGGUGGUCUAAAGAUUUCCAUUCAAUAGAUUUUUUUACUGUAUGGAAAACAAUUGGAGUAGCUAUCAAACCUUUAUUAUUUAGGUGAACGAUAGCUCCUGGCAGCUUGGACUGGUGGUUGACAGUACAGAGAGAAAGAAGUAAACCGAUGUAAGAUAGUUAGGAAGCACGAGUGGCUGCUUCUGUUGAUGAAAUGGCCGUGUGGAUUUAAUAAAAGCUAAAUUUUCAAAAGGCACUCGCAUUUUGACUAGGAUACUUCCCUGACUUGUGGGCUUGAUACUUGAAUGAAUGAUAAUUCCCUUAAGACAGUGGACUAGUUAGUUUCUGUCCACUUGACAAAAACUAGAGUCACCUGGGAAGAGGGAACAAUCAAGUCAGUUGAGGAACGGCCUCUAUCACACUGGCCUGUGGGAAUGUGUGUGUGCGUGGUCAUUUACUACUGGACUACUAGUGAUUUGGGAGGGUCUAUCCUACUGUAGGCGAUGCCAUCCUUGGUCAGGUCGUCUUGGGCUAUGUAACACAACAAACUGAACAAGCUAUGGAACAUCAACUCAGUAAGUCUAUUUCCCCAUGCUUUCUGUGUUAGUUCCUUCCCAAACUGUUUUUGCCAUCAGUUCCGGUCUUUGUACCCCUCCAUUGACAAUAACCUGUAAAUUGAAUAAUUUCCUCUUUCAAGCUGGUUUUGCUUCAUAUUCCCCACCCCCACAACAAAAGCCUAAGCAAUGCAGACAUUGGUACUAGCGAGUGGGAUGUUUCUAUGACAAACCUGACUGUUUCUCUUGGGACUAUUGUGGAAGGCUUUGAGAGCUUUGUCCUAGGAAACGCCUCUGCAUCUUCAGAGCUUAGUGACCUGUUGGGAGAGCUUGUACUAUAGGAAUGUUGAGAGAGGGGCAGGAGUUGGAGGGCGGGCUUGUAAAGCUUUAGAGGGAAGCAAAGACCAUCAGGGAUUCUUAUGUGAUAUUCUGAAUCAAGAAUCUGACAAGGGGCCAGCUGACACAAACGAGAAUCACUUAGGAAGGGAGACUCUCAAUUGAGAAAUCGCCUUUAUUACACUGGCCUAGGAUGGGCAUAUCCUCGGGCCAAUUUCUUGAAUAAUGAUUAGUGUAGGAAGGCCCAGGCCACACUGUGAGUGGUGCCAUCCUUGCUCAGACGGGACUGGGUUGUAACAAAGCAAGCUGAGAACCCCACAGCAAACAAGUCAGUAAGCAGCAUUCCUCCAUGGUCUUUGCUUCAGUUCCCACUGCUAAAUUGCUGCCUUGUGUUCCUCCCCUGACAUCCUUAAAUGAUGGAUAUAAGCCGAACAAAUCCUUUCCCCAUCCUCCUGGUUUUUGGUGAAUAAUUUUAUUCCAGCUAACAGAAGCCCAACACUCCAGACAGGAACACUAGACCACGGCAAAUUUCAAGGAACUGGUUGACUAUAACCCUUUGUAUCUAGGUAAUGUGAGGUGUAUUUGAGACGUACAUGUGGAGAGUGGAAAAAAAAACCAGGUUAUUUAUAAUUACAACCAACAGGAAAGGUCUAGAUGUUAGAACUCAGAAGGAUUAGUGAGGAAAUCAUUGGUAUGUGGCUAGAAAUUGAAGCCACAGAUGGGGGAACUUUUCUAGAAGGUAGGAGAUAAAACAGAAGCAGGGUUCUGUCUCUGAGCUUCUGAGAAAAGCCAACCACAAAUGACUGGGGCAAUAAUUAUGCAGAAGUAAAGCAAUGAAAUAGAAAAUAUGAAUAUACACGGCAUGAAAAGUUUAAUUGCUGGCAGGGACAAUGGUGAAACUGAGGGAACACAUAAAGUUGUUAUAAAAAAUGCCUUUUGGUCAUAAUAAUUUUGUGGCUCUUCUGCUUGCACUAAUUUCCAAUCUCAGAUAUAUUUUUGUUGUGUUUUGAAGAGUGCUGUGCUGUGAAUGGGGAGAUUACAUCUAUCUUGAUAAGUCAUAUUCAUGUUUUGUUUCUUUAUAAAAAUAAAAAAUGCUAGCGUGGUGGUAUUACCCUGAGAUUGUUUUCCACAUGUCAUGUGUCUAACAUAUUUUAGUGAAAGAGAAAUGGGUUUGCAAAAGUUAGCUCACAAACUUCUGCAGUCAAUGUCUUGCAAUUUUAUACUCUGAACUAAGCAUUCAUUUAUGUAUAAAUGAUCAUUUUUUUACUGGAAAAUGUCUUCUUAGUCAUUCAUAAAUAAGAUGGGAAAAGUCAUUGCCACUUACAUAACUUUUCAGUUGAAGGUCAUAUUACAUCACACUUUCUCUUUGCCUCUCAAUAGAUUCACAUUUUAUACAAUCAAAGCCUCUGAAUAAUGUUCCAUUUAGAAUUUUCUGUAAUUAAGGUCAAACUCUCCCCUAUUUGUCAACCAAUCUAGAAACCCUAAAGUCAUCUUUCGUUUCCUCUUGUAUAAUCAUCUCAACAGCACGCUGUUUCCAGCAACACUAUCAGAUUGAUUCUCUUCAGCAUUUUUGACCAUGACUGAUUUCCCUGCCCUUACCUCUCUUUGUGGAACCUUUCUACUCCAUAUUUUUCUACUCUCCAUAUCUCCCUCCAGGUUUCAGUUAUUUUUCUAAUGCAUGAAGGUUUUUUUUUUAAAAAAAAUAAUUCUGUUAAUUUAAAACAGAACAACUCGAAUCAACCUGCCUCCAUUACAGAAAUAGUUCAGGCUGAUUGAUAACUACGCGGUGGUUCUUUUCCGUCUGACGCAUAGUUAUCUUUGUAGUCUCUCCCUGCUAUAGUCAUGCUUCUCUACAGGAUUUGUUUUUCCGCAACCUCUCCUGUUCUCUGUGUCAAUAGGAUUUACAUGUACAUAUGUGGGUCAUGUACAUUGAUGACUUUUUUUUUUAGCUAGCUUGCUCUUUAUUGCUUAUCGUGAUUUAUGUAUUUCUGUAGUUUUAAGUAACUCUGUUUGCAUGAUCCUAGAGUCAAAGGAUCUGGGAAGGCUCUCGUUCCCAUGACUACCAUCCAAUCCUGUUCUGCACUAUCCUACAGGAUUUUUGCACUUCCUAUGUUUAACUAUCACUGAUUUGAGUAUAGAGCAGCCAGCCAUCCCAAGAUAAGGACCCGGGACAGACUGAAUACAGGAAAUGUGGGAUUAACCAUCUACUAAUAAGGGCAAAAGUAUAUUUCUACUUCAACCCACAAAAAAGGUUUUAGUGUAAAGCACUAGUGUGUAAAACCUAAAUAAUGAUGUUACCCAUAACCAAAUUUGCUUCUUAUAUGUUCUCCAAUACUGUUUGAGCAAAUACAAACACCAAUGCUGUUUUGGUAUAUUGUCUUGCUGUGGUUUUGGUGAUUGUUGCUUACGGGCUCGGUCCUCAGUCUAUGGAACUACUGGAAGAUCAUAGAACCUUGAUGGUAGGGCCUAGUGGGAGGAAGCUGAAUCACUGGAACUGUGUUCUUGAAAGGAGCUCUGGGAACUGUCUGUUUCCUUUUCUUUUCUGAGCCUUGAGUUGAUCAGUUCACACUACCACCAUAUACUCUGGUCUGAUUUGUUACCCCACUAUAGUCUUCAAAGCCUUAGGAAAAGAAAUGGGCUAGGACUGGCUGGUUCAUGUAGAUUUUUUUGUUGUUGUUGAAUGUAGAAUGAUGCUGAGGAAACCAGUCAGGUAGACUUCUGGUUAUGUCUACAAGGGUGUUGACAGAGAGGGGACUUGGAUGUAGCAGAACAACAGAGGAGGUAAAACCAUCCCUAUCUGUGGGCAUCGCUGCUCCACAGACUGGACCAAAAACGAAACGAAAAGAAAAGAAAAAGAAUGAAGUAGAAAAACAGAAAGGCAGCCAGUGUAUGCAAGUUCUAUUCCUUCUGAAUGCAUUAUGUCUGUUCUGCUGCGAUCAACCAUAGACAGCAGACCACAGAUAGCCUCAGUCUUUCUAGGAAAUCUCACCAACCAAUAUAUAGGAACAUAAAGGCUUUUUUCUUCAAACUCACAUACAUCAGUGGUCCUGUUUCUACUGAGACAUUCUAUUUCCUUUAUAGAGAACGUAAUGGUUUGUCUUUGUCUCUAGUAUUCAGAGAGCCAUUGUUUGAGGGGUAGAGCAAUCUAAUAAACCCACUUUUACAAUUGCAUAUGUACCCUGUUGGCUCUCUUCUUCUAGAGAGCCUUCCCCAAAUGAGCCAAAACAGAAACCCCACUCAUUCUAUUGCUGAAUAAUUGUCUGUUGUCUGUGUCGUUUUCAUUGUGUUUAUCUGUUCAUUUGCAACAACAAUAAGCUUGUGGUCACUUUUUCAUUAAUGUAAAUAGAUCUUUUGUGAAUGUGCCCUGUAAGUUUCUAUUUAACCACCUGUUCCUCAUUUUGUUUUAUCUGUCCCUAGAUGUAAUCAGGAUCACAUGGGCUUGUGCGGAUGGGAUCUCUACAAAGAAUCAAGGUCUCUGUAAAAAGAAUUAGCUGGAUCACUCCCUAAUGCUAGUUUUAACUUUCGUUAGAAACCUUGAAGUGAUUUCCACAAACACAGCUGUAUUUUCAGGAUUUUCCCUCCAGAGAUGAUCAAGUGUUCCAGUCUUCACUCCUUUGACAAUCUCUUUCUUUGUUUUUUUUUUUCAUUUAAAAACAUCGCAGGCAUUUGUAGUGGGUGUGAAAUGGUAUUUUUGAUGAUCUUUUGACUUUCCUGUUUAAAUAUUCAAUAAUAUGGAACAACUUCUCAUUUGCUUAGUGGUCAUUUGUAUACAUUUUUUUCCUCAGGUAUCCUUGGAUUUUGGGUGGAGGUAUGAUAUCCCCUGACACUGGAAUUACAAGCAUUUUGAGCUGUGUGAAAAUGGUGCUGGGAACAAAACCCAGGUCCUCUGUGAAAGCAGAACCUGCUAAUAACUCCCGAGUUAUGUUCCAUCCCCAAGGAGCAAAGUUUAACACUUAAACUGGGAAGAAUUUCCUUUAAUAAAUUAAAAACAAAUGAGCAUCCUUUCUCCAAACCAUUUGUACCUUUGUCUAAGCGAUUCUACCAUACCAAAAAUGGUAAGCCCAUCAGAUCACAUGGACAAAAAACAAUUGAUUUUCCUAACAUAUUAAAAAUGUGUCUAGCUGCUUGGAAUACCACUAUACAAAUACAUUAUCUGUAUAUUAUAAUAUAUAUAAUACACCAAAAAAUUUGUAAAAACCUACAGAGUGAACAUUUCUAGUAUGAAACCCUUGAAACAUAAAUACAUGAUGUGCAAGAAUGUCAGAAAGAAGAUUCAGUCCUGAACAGCUGCCUCAUUCACAUUCAAAUCUCAAAAUUAUUUAGAAACAUGUGGUAUGUCUAGUUCAGAAUACAUAUAAUUUAACGAUCCUGGCUUAUUUCUUAUGAAGCCUAACAUUGUAUCUCAGACCUUUCUGCAAGGACAUGGUGAAGCAGAUUACUAAUAAACUGGAAUUUUGACUCUCUUAA